AUUUUAAUCUGCAAGGUCAUGUUAUUAAUGCUAAAACAUUUUGUAGGCAAUCCUUCCCCAUUCAACAGAGGAAACAUCUCCAAUAUCAAAAACCAGUAAUCACAAAUCCUUACAAACAACCUGGUACACAACCUCAACGCCACAAGAUUUUUUAUCCACCAAGCGAGAGCAGUUCCUCAUAUCAAAGCUAUCCUGAGAAACCAGUCCAAAAACCAGUUGAUGAACCAGUCGAGAGACCCAAUCAGCAACCAGUUCUGAAUACAAGUACACCUGAAAAUCGUGAACGAAAUCCCUCUAAGUUGAAUUUAGCGACAAAUAAAUUGCCCGAGAAGAGCCCAGAUAUUUACAAGAGGAUUGUUGAUAGUCAUAUGCCAAAAUCUAGCUCAAGUGUUGAAGAAAAGAGUGAUUCGCAAAAUUCCCCUGGCUGUGGCAGAACUAAAAAACUUUUAUUCGAUAGAAUACCGGCUGAGGUAGGCGAUAUUCAAAGCAAUGUCCCUCUACCAAUAAGAGAAAAUCUAAAGUUUUUGAUAGGACAACAUGAAAAUGGGAUAUGGUGUGCAGAUCUUCCCAAACUCUAUAGAUUUUGGUUAUGCAAGCUUGAGCCAACUUUGCAUAUCGUUACCCUCAAUAUUCCACUAUUGUCGUCCUUCUGA